AUGUCCCAACAACAGCUGGACAAAGAGACACCUUUGCUGCUGUCCCUACAGCAGAAGAAGGCCAGGACACCAUUGCCUUGGUGUCAAUUCUCUAUCAUACUAUUUCUUCAGCUCACAGAAUCACUUACUUCACAAGUUAUCAGCCCCUUCACACCUCAGUUAAUAAGAGAUAUUGGGAUUACAGAUGGCGAUGAAACAAGUGUAGGAUACUAUGUUGGGCUGAUGUACUCCCUAUUCUUUGCUAUGCAAGCACUCACCAUUCUUCAUUGGAGUCAUAUAUCAGACCACAUUGGAUGGAAGCCUGUCAUUUUAACAGGCCUGUUUGGACUGUCUAUCUCAAUGUAUUGUUUUGGUUUAUCCACAACAUUCUCCGGACUCAUGUUAAGGUUCAAUCAUUCAGUUCUUCCUUGA